CGACCAGUUGGUCAGCAACAACAGCGCAUUUGCAAUUCGUUACGGCCGAGGCAAAGUUAACAACCGUAAAGCGUAAAGAGGAGACAGCAAAGAAACAGCCGUCAAGCGGCCAGCGGAAGCUUUACAUCCGGAUAGUAGACGUCGUCGCAACAGCGCGUCGGCCGACUGCUUGUACAUACAAUAUCUGUUGAUCAUUCGCUUUGCGUUGCGCCUUCGCCUUCGCCGCAGCCAAAAGGCACGUAAACUGGUUGCGUCGUCGUCGUCGUCUGCGCCGUUGCCCGUACGCCGUUUGUCGUGGUCGGUGUGGCGUGCCCGUAGUUUUUCUUUUCUUUAUACAUUUUUGUUGUCUGUUUUGUGUGUUUGGCUGCGCUCUUUUAGUCUUGGUGUAGCGCUUGAGCCGCGCGAGUCGGACCUUCACACGGAUCAAGCAAGCAUCAGCCAUGGAGCGGGCUUACAGCAAUGCGUCAUCGGCUUCCACUUCGCCACCCUCCGUUGGCGCCUUUGGGUUCACGAACACUGCCAAACUGCCCAUCGAAACAGUGAAGCGGCUCAUUGCCGCCGUCUCUCGCCGUCCCAUCCUCUGGAUGCGCACCAACGCGAAUGGCCAAAAGCGCAGCGAUAUUACGCCCAUUUGGUUCGACGUCGGAAAGGACGUCAAUUUGCCAGCCGACGUAUGCCGUGUGAAGUGGGGACACCUGCGCGAUAAUUUCCGUAAGGUGUACAUACGUAACAACCUGUCGAAUGAGUCGCCAUCAUCGUGGCGCUUCUACAACGAUAUGCGCUUCAUGGAGCAUGCCGUGCAUGAGAAUAUCAUGAGGCAGGCGCGAACGCGGGGAUCCAGUUCCAGUUCCAAGAAGCAUCCGCCCAUACACUGGACGGAGAACAAUAAUCACAUCAUGGACGACAGUAGUCGCAAUAAAUAUGAUGAGCCCAUUGUGGCCACCGAGCCAAUAUGUGAGCUGAGCGAUAGCUACGAUUCGGAGUUGCAUCAGCCGAGCUUCUCAGACAUCAGUUCCUUCUUCGAGGAGGAGCAGCAUCAGCAGCGGGACUGCAAACGUGUGAAACUGGAGGAUGUGCAGAGCAGCAAGGGCGAGGAGCUCAAUGAUGAUGAUUUCGACGAGGAUGCAGCAUCAGAGACCGAGGAGGAACAGCGACCCGAUCCCAGCGUCUUCACCAUCGAAGUGCUCGACGACGAGGAUGAGGACAUGCAGCGAUCCAAGGAGAAGCCAACUAUCGUCAAGACCGAGGAGGAGCAAAAGCCAGCAACACUACAGGAUUUGCCCUUCAAAUAUAUCAGCAUGGAUGCUGCGACCAAUACAGAACCCAAUGGACAGGACAUCCAGGACGAUGCGGAUCGCAUGUUCCUACUUAGCCUGAUGCCCUUCCUGCAGAGAUUGGAUGAGCGGCGGAAGCUGCGGGUGCGACAGAAGCUGCAAAAUGUUUUAAUUGAAGAACUUGAGUUUGGCUGAUUGUGUUAGCCUUACGCUAUGCGAGGGUAGUUUGAGAAGUUCAAUAGUAUUAGUGAUAAAGUUAUUUAUAUUGUAGACUUUAUAUGCAUAAGUGUAUUCAUAUAUUAUAUUGAAUAUAUAUGAUGAUAUCUCAGAAAUUUUGAAGCUACCCUCGCAUAGAAGUGCAUAAUACACUAUUUUAAACAUUUUAAGCUUAGCUUACAGUAUUAAAUUAUGCGACUGAAACACCCAUUACAUAGAAUGUAAACCGGAAGACCAAUCUAAUAAACGACUACAGUAAACACGCAAGCA